GAAUACAACACAGGGAGACAUUCGUCACUAGAUAAGAAACUGAUAUUGGGGAAUCAGGGAAGAGAAAAGGAAAGGAUGUAGGCAAUAAUUCUGAGGAUUCGUAUUGUAUAAUUUCUAUGAAGUAUCUAAUGAUAAUGACGGUAAUGGUAAUGAUAGCUGUUCAAGGUGUUGGUCAUUGUACUCGCCCACAUGCGUACCUAGAUAUGAAAAUAAAGUACCAUCUGUAUAAUGAGGUUGGUACGAUUUAUUCGAGGGUAUGGACGACAUUAACAACAUAUCAUGAUAGGUGGCAUUGUGAGCUUGUUUGUCUCGUGUUGAACAAAAAUAAAAUAAUUGGUUGUGUAAGAAAAAGUUGAAGCUCGGUCCCGCAUUGGUUAAAGAGAAAAUGUCUGAGAAGCAGAAGCCGGGGGGUUGGGUUACAUGGAAUGUAUUCUAGAAUACAGUUGGAGAUAUUGGGGUAGAACUGUGCAAC